CCGUAGUGACGCAAAUGGUGUCCGCAAGGGGGAGCGCAGGGGUGGCACUAGCGAGUAAGUGGGGGUGAGCUCCCUACGUCCCCGGCUUGCGUUCAGCAGCUGGGGCCACUGCCGCCGACGCUGCUGCUGCUGCUGCUGCCACUACCGCCAUGUUGGCUUGAGGGACGAUGACAGGAGGUAGUUGCGGCGUUUGGGACUGAGAAGUGGAGGAGAGACAGAGCUGUGAGAGGAAGCCUUCCCUGGCUGAGGAGAGGAAAGACCGGCCUCUUCCGGAGUCGGCUUCGCAGGAGCUAGCGAGGCCAGGGACUGGCAAGAGAGUGAAGGCAAGAGAGGAGCACUGAAGAGCCCAGAUGAUGCGCCCGGAGAGCCGCUGCGGCCCGGAGGCGCCCGCGGCCUGAGCCCCAAGGGGCGGUGGGUCUCUCCCUGGCCCGAGCUCCGCGUCCCCAGUGCACUGCCCUGGGCUUCGGGCUUGGCUACCAACGAGUUAAAUGCCCUUGAGAGCGGUUUAGGGUGGCCCAGCCCCCGGCCCCGGAGGCGCGAGGUGAGCCCGUUUCUCCCCGCCGGCCACUCAGCUUUACGCGUCCAUGUGUAGCCGCAUAGUUAUCUAUGUACCUCCUGUCGGGGCAUUCUGCUGCUUAAUGAGGACUCGGGUGCGAGUGUGAAUCACCGCCGGCCUGCAUUUAACCCCCUCCCACCGCUCCAUGCCCCUGUGUCACUCGGCUCCGUCCACCUGGCGCACCCGGUCCUAAGGCUGCUGCUGCCGCUGGGGCUGACGACGACCACACGCUGCUCCACUGCCGGAGUGCCCUCCGCCCUGGCAUCUGGGAUCCUGGGGAUCUCGCCUCUCUACGCAGAACCUUGGCCAGGCCGCCGCUUAGACUCCCAAAUCACUCAGUUUUUGGAAAGCACAUCGCGAGCUCAUCGAGAUCGUUAACGUUGAUUUCUGUGGCUUGAGGACUGCUCCUUUUUGUUGUGUUGUGUUUUUUUUUUUUUCCCCUGCGAACAUCUGGGUGUAUAUAUCAAGUGGCAAGAUGUCCAGUAAUGUCCCGGCGGAUAUGAUCAAUUUGCGCCUUAUCUUGGUAAGCGGGAAGACAAAAGAGUUCCUGUUUUCUCCUAAUGAUUCUGCUUCUGACAUUGCAAAGCACGUGUAUGACAAUUGGCCAAUGGACUGGGAAGAAGAGCAGGUCAGCAGCCCAAAUAUUCUACGACUUAUUUAUCAAGGACGAUUUCUACAUGGAAAUGUCACAUUAGGAGCAUUAAAACUUCCUUUUGGUAAAACAACAGUGAUGCAUUUGGUGGCCAGAGAGACAUUGCCAGAGCCAAACUCUCAAGGUCAGAGGAAUCGUGAGAAGACUGGAGAGAGUAAUUGUUGUGUAAUCCUCUAAACACUGUCUGCUGAGUGUGAUGUGAUGUUGUCCUUGUCUUUCAUGCUGCUGGGACAAAAGAGACCCAACAUUGCUUCAGAAACCUUAGAAAGUCUGCCUGUAAAGCCAUGGAACUGAAUGCUCACAUGAAUACUGUCAUCUUCUCAUGAAAGUCAAAAGAACCAAGAACAUUUUCACUAUGAUUUUAUUACUAGUAUUUUUGUUUAUGUUGAGCAAUUUAAAAUAUUGGGUUUUGAAUGCAGUCAGUCUCCAGGGGAAAUGUUAACAAGUCACCUUUCAGAGCUGAAACUAUUUUGCUGCCACAAAAAUUUUAUCACCAGAACUAACAAAUCAAGUGUUCCAAAUACAGUCUGCACUAAAAAAGUUUGACAUUGUUUUUCAUCAGAAUUUAUAGUAUAGUUUAUGGUACCUAGAAAUACUCAUGCACAAUUCCACACUGGAAAACACUCAGCAAUUAAUGAAGUUAGUAAGUGGGCCAACUGGAGAGGAGAAAGAUGGAAAAGAAACCAAAAUGUUGGGUGAAUUCUACCCAAGUCCCCAUGGUGGCUGCACUGGCACAGAUCCUAAGCUGAGUGUGACAGUCUUCACUGCACCAGUGAAGAAACAAAUGUGCCUGUUGUUUGAAGCACUCAGUGGAGAGCCGAUGAGCGAAUUGUUUUCCUUUAACGCAUGCACUCUUCAGUCAUAAAUAACCGAGUGCUUGUCCACACAGCACAAAAGGGGUGAGUGCGUUUCCUAGCCUUAAUGUGUGUGGGGGGGUGGGCAGUAAGUUCCAAUCACUCAUAGACUUUCAUUGUUGGGCAGAAAUAUUAGAAAACCUCAUUUACUGUUCAAUUUUAUGUAUUUGAAUAUCAGUAGAUUGAAUUUUUUCAUAGUUCUUGCUCAUCUGUAAUUGUGUCCAGUGUCACACUUACUCGUUAGAGAGUUCAGAUGAAUUCUUAAAAUUAAAAAAUUCUCCAUAAUAACUGACUUAUUUCUUUAUAUAGUUUGUAUUUGGUAUUAGUGCUUGCAAUUAAAAUCAACUCUUUGUUUUAAAUCAGUAAUUUAAAAAAUUGAUAUGCUAAAAACAAUUUGCACAGUACUAAAGCAUGAGCUAGUUUCAUCUAAACCUGUAAAAAUAUAAAAGAUUUUAUAUUUUUUCACUAGGAAGAAAUUCUUCUUCCUGGAUGAAAUUACAAAUAUGUGUAGAAUAUAUUUAAUAAAAAAACUUAUAAAAUACCUAACUAUAGAACUUAAAUAUAGAUUGGCGUGUAGUAUAUAGAACAAUAUUCCAUAUAAAUAACUUUAGCCUUUAUAAAAAUGAAGUUGCAGGCUGACAUGUUCUGACUAAGUGUCCACAGUCCUUAUAAACAUUAAAUGUAAAAGGUUUCAGAUGGUCAGCUUUGUUUAAAAGUAAUCAGGUCAUUUUAUUCAUUGUUAAUGCAUUGAUGAAAAGGCUUUAUAUGCAGUAGAUCUACAAAAAUAUUGUUCAUACUGACAGAAUUAAAUUUGUAUAGAGCAGAGUUUUAAAAAUGAAUGUAAAUAGCACUAAACAUUUUCUUUCUGCAACCUGUACUUACAGAUUUUUUUCUCUGUAAAUUAAAAAUAUAUUGUAGUGCAUUCUGUUCGUCAUUUUAAAGGCCUUGAUUAGGUUGUUAAUUGUUUAAGUACUGUCUUAUUUUACAAUUGUUUUCUACUUUUAUUUCUUAAUCUCUAAAAAUUCAUUUAAUUAAUGUUCUCUUGUUAGUUUUGGGAAUUAUUUACAAUGUAGCUUUGAUAUUUAACCUGGUUAAUUUGUGCAGUCAAAACAAUGGAUAGAGUUAUGUAGUCUCUGUUAUCACUAAAAUGUUAUAUUCAAGAGAUGUUAAGUAUUUAUAUGCUUUAUUGACUAGCUCAAACAUGAGUUCUGUUAUUGUUGACUAAAGAAUCUGGUAGUUACUUAGUUGGGCAAUUAAGUCAUUUAUAGCUCUAUCCUUCUUUUGUAAAACAAACUACUGGUUAUUAUUUUUAAUACCUAUUUUAAUUCUACUUACUCUUAUGUUUUUCCAUAGCUAAAGACUAUCAGGUAAUUGUGAUUGAAUUUCUAAGAUAGUUAAAAAUAUUCUCUAUUGGUUUUCAAAAUAUUUUUCUGUGUUUCCAUGUUAUGCAUUUUCCUUUCACAAGACCUCAAUUUAGAGUUUGCAAAAUGGAUAAACUUGUUUAUUAGUAGAGAAAGAAUUAUGUCACUUAAUAUUUAAUAUCAUUAUUGUGCAAAAUAAAGAAUAAAAAAUAAUAGUAAAAUUAUAAACUGAAAACACCAAAAAUCUAGAUGCCUUAAUAGUUAUUUGUGAAAAUACUCAAUUAUUUCUUUAAAAUAGUUCUUUGGGCUGCCUGAUGGCUGAAAUAUGACUAGUCAUAGCCAAGGCUGCCACUGAAGGCCCCUCUGCUGAAAUGACAGCUUACUUACCAAAGGGUGGAAGCUGUGUAGACCCAUUAUCAUAAAUAAAGCCUGACGUUGGGCCUCUGACUCUGCCCAGUGCUUGGUAUCUAACGCACCUCUUUUACCUAAAUUAUCCUACACUUGAAGUGUUCUGCACAAGACAAAGCUUUCCUUCUCUGUCUCCUUGCUUAAAUUCUCAGCAUGUCUCCUUGACCUGAGCUAUUUGUUUUCUCUUCUAUGUAAGUUGUAUCUCAUCCUGUCAUGAAAAAUACGAUAUCUCACAUUGUCAUUCACAUUAAAUGAGG